CAUAAGAGACUUCUUUCAGAAACACUGAGAACAUCGUGUGAACGUUAGUGUUAAUGCGUGUCUGACUGAUGUCUGGUGUCUCUGUAGGUCACAGUAAAGCCGUGCGUGACGUUUGCUUCAAUAACUCCGGCACACGGUUCCUGAGCGCCGCCUACGACCGAUAUCUCAAACUCUGGGACUCCGAGACGGGUCAGUGCAUCGCCCGCUUCACCAACAGGAAGGUUCCCUACUGCGUCAAGUUCAACCCAGACGAGGACAAACAACAGCUGUUUGUAGCCGGGAUGUCCGACAAGAAGAUCGUCCAGUGGGACAUCCGCUCCGGCGAGGUCGUUCAGGAGUACGACAGACACCUCGGCGCCGUCAACACCAUCACCUUCGUGGACGAGAACCGGCGCUUCGUCAGCACCUCCGACGACAAGAGCCUGCGCGUCUGGGAGUG